AUGUACUGGCUCCGGCGCAGCCUCAUCGUCUUGGCCUUGCUGUUGGUCGCCUCAUUCAUCGCCGUGUUCGUGCCACGCGUGCUUGACCCGACCAGCCAUGGACCGGCCAGAAGAGCUCGGGAUAGCCUCUGGGUGAGCAGCAGCCCAUACUGGAUCGAUCGUCAGCUUUGCCGUUGGCUUAGCCUUUGUGGUUUGCAUCAUCUUCGCCGCGAUCCUGCGGCUCUCCCAGGCCUGAACUUUUCCCUCGUGGACGACGAGGCCUGGGGCGAACUUCGCAAGAGGCUUGAUGAGCAUUUGUCCUGGGAAGACGCCGCAUCCGCACGUUCCGGCUUGCCAUCUAGCAGACGACAGCUCCAGAAGAGAAGUGUGUUUGAAAGGAGGAGAGUUCUGAAAGACAUACCUGGCUAUGUUUUCGACCACGCACCUCUGGUGCAUCUCUAUUCAGGCGAGCAGUUCUGGCCCUCGGACAUCCGGGAGCACGUACAGCACAUGGAGGUCGUCGUUGACGAGGAACCAGUAAACAUUACUGACGAGAGGCUGACUCUGAAUAAUCUGCAUCACCUGAACAAGUUUGACGGCAUCGUGACCCUGCACAGCCUUGACGACGUGGAGAAUCGACCAACCUGGCUUCACAGCCACGACAAUGUCCCUCAUCCCUUUGACGACGACGACGACGAUGAUGACGGCGGCGGAGGCGACGGCAACGGCAACGGCAACGGCAACGGCAACGGCAACGGCGAUGACGGCGGCCAGCCAGGCCGGGGAGAACGGACAAGCUGGUUUGAUGCGAACAAGGAUCGACCCCUGCACCGAAUCUCUCCCCCGCUGCCCCGCCACUCCCUACACCAGCAGCAGCGACCCAUGACCCAAGGGCCCCCCCGCCUUCAACGCCGUGGCCAUAAACCCGACUCGAGCGGUUACUCCCGCGCUCCUGCUGUGCUCAUUCUCGUAGACAAGGGCUCCGGCAUCUUGGAUGCCUUUUGGUUCUUCUUCUACUCUUACAACCUGGGGCAGACGGUCCUUGGCAUCCGCUUCGGCAACCACGUCGGCGACUGGGAGCACUGCAUGGUCCGGUUCGAGCAUGGCGUGCCUCGCGGCAUCUUCUUCUCCGAGCACGAAGGUGGCCAGGCCUACGCGUGGGAAGCCGUCGAGAAACGCGGCCGUCGCCCAGUCAUCUACUCCGCCGUGGGAUCGCACGCCAUGUACGCGACACCUGGCGAGCAUCCUUACGUCUUGCCCUUCAAGCUGCUCAAGGACGUGAGCGACAAGGGUCCGCUCUGGGACCCGGCGUUGAACAACUACGCCUACCACUUCGACUACAAGCUGGAGAGACACGGCUGGAUGGACGAGGAGUCUGCCGGUGCGGACAGCGACAAACGUCGGCCGAGCCUCGUUCCCGCCGCGAAGAACCCUCGCGCCCCGACCUCUUGGUUUCACUUUAACGGAUACUGGGGAGACCGCCUGUACACGUUGGCGGACAUCCGGCAGUGGCGGCUGUUUGGCCAGUACCACUACGUAACCGGGCCCAGCGGGCCCAAAUUCAAGCAGCUUGGCCGAUCCAAGAUGUGCCAGCGCAGGAAGUGUCGGAUCCUGUACAAGCUGGACCCCAAGGGAACGUGGUACUAA